GUGGGUUAAUGGCUCCUCCUGCUACAGACUGAGACGGAGCUGGCACCGAGCAGCGAUACGGGGGGAGCUGUAACACCACGGAGAGAAAAAAGCGAUUACACCCCAAAUACCAGCGGGUUUUUGAUCGCAAUUGUCUGGGUGUAUCUGGGAAAAAGGCUGUCCGGGUGGUAGUUUGGGUCGAGGGCUAAAUUUAGAAGCGGGCGGUCGAGAAUAGCAGUCUAUUUUUCAACAACCAACUCCCCAGAUGAACUCCGUCAGAGCCACCAACAGGAGACCCAGGCGAGUGUCGAGGCCGCGCCCGGUGCAGCCCGAACGGAACAACGGGGACAGAGAUGAAGAGGCUCCUGCAGCAGCUGCAGCAGAGAUGGCUAUUGAGGAGUCCGGUCCAGGAGCUCAGAACAGUCCCUACCAGCUUCGACGCAAGACCCUGCUUCCCAAGAGAACCGCUGCUGCCUCUGCCACCGCCUCUGCCUGCCCCAGCAAGGGCCCAAUGGAGGGAGCUUCCACUUCAUCAACAGAGGCCUUUGGCCAUCGAGCCAAGCGGGCACGAGUGUCCGGUAAGAGCCACGACCUGCCAGCAGCCCCAGCAGAGCAAUAUCUGCAGCAGAAGCUUCCAGAUGAGGUUGUUUUGAAGAUCUUCUCCUACUUACUGGAACAGGACCUCUGUCAGGCAGCUUGUGUCUGCAAGAGAUUCAGCCAGCUAGCCAACGACCCCAUCCUAUGGAAGCGCCUAUACAUGGAGGUGUUUGAGUACACACGUCCUAUGAUGCAUCCCGAGCCAGGCAGGUUCUACCAGGUCAGCCCUGAGGAGCAUGAACACCCAAACCCCUGGAAGGAGAGCUUCCAACAGCUAUACAAAGGUGCUCAUGUAAAACCAGGCUUUGCUGAGCAUUUCUACAGUAACCCCGGCAGAUACAAAGGCAGAGAGAAUAUGCUGUAUUAUGACACCAUUGAGGAUGCACUGGGGGGAGUACAAGAGGCCCACUUUGACGGUUUAAUCUUUGUCCACUCUGGCAUCUAUACAGAUGAGUGGAUUUAUAUAGAGUCCCCCAUCACCAUGAUCGGUGCAGCUCCUGGUAAAGUAGCAGACAAAGUGGUGAUAGAGAAUACUAGAGACUCAACAUUUGUCUUCAUGGAGGGCUCAGAGGAUGCCUAUGUGGGAUACAUGACCAUCAAGUUUAAUCCUGAUGAUAAGUCAGCGCAGCACCAUAACGCCCACCACUGUCUGGAGAUCACAGUCAACUGCAGCCCCAACAUCGACCACUGCAUCAUCCGCUCCACAUGCACAGUGGGUUCAGCUGUGUGUGUGAGUGGCCAGGGAGCAUGUCCAACAAUCAAACACUGCAACAUCAGUGACUGUGAGAACGUAGGACUGUACAUUACAGAUCAUGCACAGGGCAUUUAUGAAGACAAUGAAAUCAGCAACAAUGCGCUAGCAGGAAUUUGGGUGAAAAACCAUGGUAAUCCCAUCAUUAGACGUAACCACAUUCACCACGGACGAGAUGUUGGAGUGUUCACCUUUGAUCACGGCAUGGGUUACUUUGAGAACUGUAACAUCCAUAGAAACCGUAUAGCAGGCUUUGAGGUGAAGGCCUACGCCAACCCCACAGUGGUGCGUUGUGAGAUCCAUCAUGGACAAACAGGUGGCAUCUACGUCCACGAGAAGGGGCGGGGACAGUUUAUAGAGAACAAAAUCUAUGCCAAUAACUUCGCUGGUGUGUGGAUCACGUCCAACAGUGACCCAACAAUACGGGGAAAUGCUAUAUUCAACGGUAACCAAGGAGGGGUGUACAUAUUCGGAGAUGGACGGGGUUUGAUAGAGAGUAACGAUAUCUAUGGUAAUGCCUUGGCGGGAAUCCAGAUCCGAACCAACAGCUGCCCCAUUGUACGGCACAACAAGAUCCACGAUGGACAGCAUGGGGGCAUCUAUGUGCAUGAGAAAGGCCAGGGGGUGAUCGAAGAGAAUGAGGUUUACAGCAACACACUGGCUGGAGUCUGGGUGACCACAGGCAGCACUCCUGUCCUCCGCAAGAACCGCAUCCACAGUGGCAAACAGGUUGGUGUGUAUUUCUAUGACAACGGGCACGGUGUGUUGGAAGACAAUGACAUCUACAAUCACAUGUACUCUGGUGUACAGAUAAGGACGGGGAGCAACCCAAAGAUCAGGCGCAACAAGAUAUGGGGAGGCCAGAAUGGAGGGAUUUUAGUCUACAACUCAGGUCUGGGCUUUAUCGAGGACAAUGAGAUUUUUGACAACGCCAUGGCCGGGGUGUGGAUCAAGACAGACAGCAACCCCACGCUGAGACGAAAUAAGAUUCAUGACGGCAGAGAUGGAGGCAUCUGCAUUUUCAAUGGAGGCAGAGGUCUGCUGGAAGAGAACGACAUAUUCAGGAAUGCUCAGGCCGGUGUGCUGAUCAGCACUAAUAGUCACCCGAUACUCCGCAAGAACCGCAUUUUUGACGGCUUUGCUGCUGGUAUUGAAAUCACUAAUCAUGCCACAGCCACGCUGGAGGGCAACCAGAUCUUCAACAAUCGCUUUGGAGGCCUGUUUCUGGCCUCGGGAGUCAACGUCACUAUGAAAGAUAACAAGAUUCUGAAUAAUCAGGAUGCCAUUGAGAAGGCAGUGAGCAGAGGACAGUGUCUCUACAAGAUCUCCAGCUACACCAGUUACCCCAUGCACGACUUCUACAGAUGUCACACCUGUAAUACAACAGAUAGGAACGCCAUCUGUGUAAACUGCAUCAAAAAAUGCCACCAAGGGCACGAUGUAGAGUUUAUACGGCACGAUCGGUUUUUCUGUGACUGCGGAGCGGGAACGUUGUCCAACCCGUGUACGCUGGCCGGAGAGCCCACACACGACACAGACACUCUGUAUGACUCAGCACCGCCCAUCGAGUCCAACACGCUGCAACAUAACUGAAGGCAUCCUGUUUAGUUACACUCUCACAUAAGCAUAUAAACACAUUACAUUGCACACAGCCAUACACAGACACACAUACACACAGUUAUAUACACACACAUCCACUUGCAGCCAUAAGGACCCAGAGAGACUCUGUGAUUGCGGCGCUCUCAGACGGGCUCGAGGUGAAAGAGGCUGCAGAGGGAGCAGCUUCCUGCCUGCUGCAGUGAGAUACGCUGCAGCGGAGGCAGACUCCACUAGAGAGAGCAGUGGAGCUGAGGGUAGACUGACAGAACAGCCACAAGAGAUUCCUCACUUGAGUAUUUCUUAUUGCAGUCUGUAGACAAGGAGAAGAUGGCAAGAGAAGGGCUCUGCGGAGGGGCUGUCGAUGGCCGCCUGCACCCCUUUCUGCAGCACGUGAAGAUCCCCCCUGGUGUUAACCCUCGGCUCCCGGCCCACCUCUACUUCUUCUUCUUCACAAGAACUGCUCUCAAAAGAGACUUCCUGCUUCCUCACAGCUGCCAUCCCCAUUGGCUGCCCAGGCAGUUGUAACUAGGCAACGGAUGGGCGGCUGUUGCUCUGUUGUGUGUGGAUAAAGAGCAAGAUUGUGUGUGUGAUGGAGCACUUGGGCUUUUUUUUAAAAAUAUGUUCUGAUCAAUGGAUUUUAUUUCAAUGCUUUCUCAUGUAGUUUUGUAUUUUCAAGCAAACAGCUGACUGUAUUUGAAUGUCUUUUAUUUUAUUAUAUAUUAUUAUUAUAAUUAUUAUUUUUAUUUGGUUAGCGUCCCUCCUCCCACCCCGACACCCAGGCAAACUGCAGAACUCAAACGUCCCAGUGGUGAAGUUCUUUCUGUGAAAGAGAAUCUCGUUUAAACACUAAAAACCCUCUCCGGUAUAUUAGCUUAAAUGGCAGGUGGAGGGGCUCCACAGUUGUAUGUGUGUUGUGUAUAGUGAAAGGUGUGUGUGUGCGUGCGUGUGUAUGUAUGUAUAUGUUUAUAAGUUGAUGCAGUCAGUGUUCUGUGGAGAGGGUUUCAAUAGGAGGCGUCAGAGCUCCUUUUGAACUGGAACUGAAGAGUCUUUCUGCAGUCCCCGUCCCCCCUGCCCCCCCUUCUCUCCCCAGUGUAUCGUGGUGACUGUGGCUCCUCAUGCAGCCUGAAUCGUAUGCAUGUACCAUAACAUCUAGACUUAAUAUAUUGUGAAGUAUUCAAUAACCAUUAUGUAGAUGCUAGUUGGAAUUCAAAAAGGGGUAUACUUUCUUAGAAAGACAAAAAAAGAAAACAGGAAACUGGCCAUUUCUAAGAAAAUAAAACUUUAUUAGAUCA